UAAUUGACAAAGAAUUUUGGUAUUAGGUUUUGUAACAGAAAAUGUUGCAGCUAAGAUGAAGCUUUCUAGCUAGCUAAGAGGUGUCUAUGUGUAUCAGAGAAAUCCAAAGAAAUCAUAGUAUUGCUACCACUGAGUUAUUACCUAUCAGAGAGAGUACCAAUCGCCGAAUAUCUGUGCGUACGUACAGAGAGCUAGAGACUAAACUGAGCUAAGAAGCUGCCUAUCAUGGAACUAAUGAUGAGAAGAGCGGCUCAGGUCCACAACAGAGGAGGGUCACAGAGCCCCAGGGUUGAGUACUUGGAACAGACAGCCCAUUCCGUUGAAGUACGGAGAGAGAUGACUGAGAAAGGAGACUUAGGGAGCUAUGGAUUCAUCCUGGUCCAAGAGAGACCUCCCAUUGUGGGCACCAUUGUACCAGGUGGCCCCGCUGACAGAGCUGGUCUCAAAAAGAAUGAAGUGGUCGUCGCAGUCAACAACAAUGACAUUACAAACUUUUCCCAUCAAGAUGUCGUCGGUCUGAUAGCCAACAACCCUAGUCCCGGUAUCUGGCUGACCGUCUGUGAGCCUGUUGAAGCACCUCGAAUGAAUGUCCGCCAUUACGACACUCCCCCUCAAGCUCCAUCAUUUGGCCGAGUGUCUAGUCUGGGCACGCUCUCCAUGAGUCAGAGCACACCCAUGAUCAAUAGAGGUAACUUCUCCGAGCCUCGAAGGAUCUAUGCGAACGAUGACUCCCCCCCUCCGAGGUAUUCUGAAACCCCCAUGAACCAGCCGCGUGUCAUGAACAAAUCUCCACACUCAGUGACAGCAUCUUCCAUCAAUGUGUCCCCGCUAACGCACGUGUACAAGUCAAAUGGUUUGAGCAGCAGCGACCAAAGCUUCCCCCAGCGCAUCUCCUCCCCCACACCUUCCCCCAGUGCUUUCACAAGUGCCAAUGUCCUCGUGCUAUACAUAGGAGCGGUCGAGAUUCCCCUGACCUGGAGAGUACGAGAACUAAGCUCAAGAUGCUUGCAAGAGUGCACACGACAAUUGCUGAGUCAGCGACAAGAGUUCCUCGAAGUUUUCCUCGAAGUGAAUUUGAAAUCGCUUAAAGUUUUGAAAGUCGAUCAAAUGCCGUUGUUUGUUCAUCCCAGAGAGGAACUGUUCUAUUGUGGAGUUUGCACAAACGAUGAGCAAUACUUUGGUGUGGUCACCAAGAAGGAACAGAAAGGGAGCAGAAAGGGCAACCAGAGCAAUGGCCAACAACCCAGGGCUCACAUGUGCCAUGUCUUCAAAGUCAUGCAGUCAAAGAGCGUGCUCGUCCUUAAAACAGGAGACCAAAAAUCCAAUCAAAAAAGCAAAACAAUUCCAAUGACUACAGUCAAGCCCAAGACCAUUCCAAUCGUGUCUUGUGUAACCAUCAUCAAUGCUCUACAAGGCCUCUUCACCUCCAACGAUCUAGGCGGUAGCAAGUUAUUCUCUGAGUCAUCUUCUCUUCGUGGCAGUACUUCUGAUCAGAGCCUCAAAGUUGGCCCAAGUCUCUCUUCUUUCAGUUCUGGAGGCAGCAGCAGUGAGAGCAUAUCAAGCCAUGACAAGUUGAAAACGAAAUUAGAUGUUGUUGAUUUGCGGCCAGCGGCUUUCUCCCCGAAAUCACGCUCACUCCUCACCCAGUCUCUGCCAACGUCUAACCCAAACAUGUACGUCGCCCCCCCUCAACAUUCACGCACAUUCAGUAAAGAAGAGUUCCUCCCAGCCCCUGUGACUAACUCCCCCUUGAUUAACCAAAGACGAAAUAGUUCGCAACACACUCGCUCUUUCAGUAAAGAGGACUUCCCCCUAGCCUCUGUGGCUACCCCGGCCUUUAUUAACCAACGACGAAACAGUAGUGCUGGAAGCUGGUACACUGCUGACUCACCUAAAGAGAAUCACCAUUCAAGAGAAAACAGUUGGGAGUCAAAAGACAGACCCACCUCAGGAAACUAUGAAAAGUACACAGUCCAUGUGCCCCAAACACAGUACACAACGAGUGGGUCCUCUGGAGGGAGGACCAGUGGUGGCUCUGGAAAGCAGAAUUUCGGAACUCAGGGCUUUGAUCAUCUCUCAAGAAAAGUUUCUGAUGAUAGCAGUAUAUCAUUAAGUCUCUCUGACCCUCGGGACAGCCCCACAAAACUCGGAUUCAAGUCUCGAAGUCGGUCUGGAUCUCCCAGUCCCCCUCAAAGCCUCAGCUACUCGUCAGGCAGUGGUUCCCCUACUCCAUUGAGAAGACAACGCUCCCCAAGCCCUGGCCCUGUACCUCAUGCUCCUCGCUAUCAUACCCCGGCUGUUUCCAAGCUGUCGUCAGGCCUAGCAUUGGAGAGCUCACGAUCAAGGCUCUACCGACCUGUCAGUCCAGUGGGAUCUUAUCGAGGCUCCAGGAUGCCUCUUAAGAGACAGGGAUCUGAUAGCUCGAUAAUGGAAGCUCACGAUUAUUCGUACCGUACGUCCAUGCCACAGAAGAACACAGCACUGACUUCAAGCUUUGGUAGUGUUGCUACUCUCACCACUAUAGCUGACGAGGAGGUCAAUGAUCCAGACGAGUGUGGUCGUGUUGGAGGCUGGGUGGCCUCCUUUGACAAGCUCCUUGAGGACCCCAUGGGAGUGCAGUGUCUGCUGCACUUUCUAGAGAAGAUCCAUUGUGAAGAGAACAUCUUAUUCUGGAGAGAGGCACAGGUCUUGAAACAGAACGCUCCACAAGCCUCAAAUUACCUGGAGGCAGUAAAGAAGAUCUACGACCAGUACCUCUCCGCCACUUCCCCCUCCACUGUCAACGUGGACGACAGAGUGCUCAAGGCAGUCGAGUCACGCCUCGCCAACCCUCCCCUCAACAUAUUCAAUGAAGCCCAGGAACAGAUCUAUCGCCUCAUGAAGAUGGACUGUUAUCCUCGCUUCAAGAAGUCAGAGAUUGUUAAGCAGUGUCUGAUAGCUGAGAUGGAGGGGAAACCCCUACCAAUUGACCCCACCCCUCACGAGAAGGCAACAGAGAGUCAACAGUUUAAUGGCAUCUGGAAAAAACAAAGAGAGCGCGGUUUUUAUCGGUCGUUCUUCAACAAGAUUGGUCGUAAGGUACACCAAGAGCAGCAGCCCUCAGCCGUCGAGCCUGUGUGGGGUGUGGCCGUCCCGGACAAGUCACCUGACUCUGGCAAGAAGAAGAAGAAAGACUCUCAGAGGAGGUCCACGGGCAAGGACAGUGUUUCCAAGGCCUCUGAUGGACGGGCCAAAAAGUCCAAUCCCGACAAUGGAGCAGCUGAGGAUGUGCGGCCGGAAGAUCACUUGGAUAUAUUCCAGACCCACAAGAGGAACGUAUUCGAGGUGAACCUGCCCAACAAAGUCACCAAGAUCAUGCAAGUGCCAGACAGAGGCACUGUUAGGGACGCUAUACAACCAGUCCUCAAGAAGUACGGCUACAGCUUUGACAUCAUGGAAUUGAGAUUUGCCCAGAAUUUCAGAUCUGUCAAUUUGGAUCUUUCAGCGGAGAUUUUGAUUGGACAGCACAUUCUUGUCGCCAAGUCAAAGAACACCUUCAUUGCUGCGUUCCCUGACCAGCUGGACAAGAUCUUGCCUGCUGAUGGCUCCAAAACUGUUGGAGAACUUUUUGUGAGAGUCUUAAAAGAAAUGGACAAACUUCAAAACUUUCAGAUAUACUGUGAGGGUUCUCGAGUGCCCCUAGAGUUAAGUGUGGACACGUCCGUGCUGGUGGGACAGAGGGUCAUUGUCAAGUACCUACCAGGACCUUGCACGUUCCAACCCCCCCUUGUCAUCAAGCCCACUCUGGAGGCUAGCAGCUCUAAGAACGACUUAGAAGGCAUGGAUGAUCUCUUCUCAAAGAUAGCCCAGCUUCAGUCAGACACACUAUCAGAUCAACGCACGUCGCCCACCCCCCACACGACCCCUGAACCCGGCGGACAUAGCCCGCUCUCUUCAGGGAAUAGCUCUCGUGCCAGGUCAUCAGAGGACCUCCUCGAUGGCUCCCCUGGCUCAAGAAGACGAACUGCUAGUACUGGAAAACGCUCCAACGGACAUGAUCACAAGAUGCUGACAGUGAGCAAGUCUAUUGGCAUGCUGCAUCACGGAUCGGAGCGACAUCACCAUAGAGACGAGCGACAUCACCAUAGAGACGAGAGCCAUCGUGGGAGCUCGUCCAGAACACAAUUCAAGCGUGUACAAAGUGGGUCUUCAAUUUCAAGCUCUCAGAGGUCCAUUCACGUUCCAAUGAACCGCUCUGUUUCUCCACCAGCUAGUAUCGGAUACGAUGAGGGAAGACGUACUUCCCCUCCUCCACCCACAUCCAAACCACCACCCCUUCCGAGAGAAGUUAAGAGAUUGAAUAGAGGCAAUCAGAAUCCUCGUUGGCCGGCUAAUGCCAAGACUGACUCUGUGUCUAGUGACGACUCUGAUCACAGUCGCAGUGAUCGGCAUCGUAGCUCACGACCAGCUAACGAUUCUGACCCCAGGCAUCGUCAAGCAAAAUCUAACAGCACGUCUGAUCAUAUCUACGAGAACAGGAAAGCCGACGCACCACAGUACUUCCCACAAGCACACCCCAAUCAUGUCGAUGGCCCAGUGUACGUGAAUGGUAGUCAAGAGAGAGCAAAGUCAUAUGCUAGAAAUAGGCCGGUUAAUCUGUCCAGUCUGUCCAAGGAAAGGAACCCACGGCCGAGCAUGAUGCCCUCUCCCCCACGAGAUGACCACCCUCUGGAUAAUGUGGUCAACGACGCCGCGCAUUCUCAACGAAAACCUGCUCAUCCGGGACAAAAGAAGCACAUACAACCCACCAACUUGUCGAGUUAUCCCUGGCAUCAAGCGCAUGCACGAAAGCAGCCUGGUGCAGGCAAUCUCACGUCGUCUAGAAGAAGAAAAGACUUGACUGAAAACUCAGAACUGAUUCAACGUGGGAAUGACAUUAUUAAAAAGGACAUGGACGACUUCCAUUCCCAUUCUGAUCUAUCGUCUACGCACUCCAGUGGUAAGGCUCCUCCUCUCUCCCCCUCCACACACACACUCACGUUACCUGAAGAAUCUGGAUGCGAAACAUUUGUUUGAUUUGAUCGUACGCACGUGCGUGCAUGUCCAUUUUUUGAAAUCAUUAAUUUUUCUUUUUUCUACACUGACUAUUCGUAUCACUGGCAAUUUCAUACACGAUAUGUUGUUUUGUUGUUUUGUACAUGUAUAGAUCAUUUCACAAGUAUAGCCAAUCAUUCUGUACUUGGAUGGACACUCACACUCCUAGCAACUGUUUUUUUUUUUUUUACCAUGAUUGUUUUUCUUUUAUGCCUGUAGAUUUAAAAAGUGAUCAUCCCUGGUCAUGUGUUUAUUGAUCAGAAUUAUUUAUACUUGUCUAAUACAUGUUUCAUUUUAACUCAAAUUAA